AUGUCGGUCAGAGAAAUUUCCUCAACCUCAGCUUUCGGGACCAGAGAUAACAGUCAAAAUGCGGACUACACUUAUUCCGUUCAUGAUAUGAGCGACGAAUCCAACUUUCGUGUUGUCAUCGACAUGAAAAAUCAACGAAAAGAAAACGUUAAAGUAGAAAUUUUCGGUCAAAAAAUCGUGGUCACAGCCAAGGAGCUACAGAACAACUCAUCGUCCAGUUCGUUUCGGUCAGUUUUUAACCUGCCUGUGAAUGUUGACCUGUGGUUUCUGUCAGCUCACUGGAACGACAAACACCAGACGCUCGAACUGACGGCUCCUAUCCGGGAAGAAGCCGAAGAACCUGGAAUCGAAUAA